GCCGCCUCCUCGUCGGCAGCCAUAAAAGCGCGGCGGUGACUCGCCUGAAUUGUGCCGGCUCCCGUUCCUCCCGGUGGUCGUCUUCAUCGUCAUGGUGGCUCACCUCUUGGCUGUUCUGCUGUGCUGCGCCGCGGCCGUUCCGGGCCUCCUCGGGGCGGCGGUCACGUGCGACGCGGGCGACGUGACGGCGGCGGUCAACUUUGCCGUCCAUCACAUCAACGAGCACCACAAGCACGGCUUCAAGUUCAAGCUGCUGGAGGUCCAGAGCAGCACAUAUGAACAGGGGGAGGGAGGUUGCAGCAUUGACAUCAACAUGAAUCUGAUGCAGAGCCAAUGUCACGUCACCAACCCCAAACCCGAAGACCAAUGUGAAUUCAUGAUGCAGUCCGAGCGGGGCGCAGUCGCCACCUGUAACGCCAAGCUGUAUGUGAUGGGAGUCGAGGCCAGAGUCAUCUCUCACAAUUGCAUCACCAAACCAGAACUCACCAAUGCGGAGAUGAUGGCGGACUGUCCCGACUGCCCGACUUUGUUGCCUCUCAAUGACAUGACGGGCGUCCAGGCGGUCCGGGAGGCCGUGAAAAAGUUCAACCUGGAGAGCAACCACCAGAAUUACUUUGCCCUGAUGGAAAUCUCUCUGCUGACGAGCGGGUACAUUCCGAGCGUCGGCAUGAUCACCUGGCCCAAGUUUGUUCUGGUGGAGACCGUCUGCCCAAAACAUUCCAGGAUCGUGCCUGAGGCCUGCAGCCCUCGCUGCCCGGACCGGGCUCAUCACGUCUUUUGCAAAACCUCCUACUCGCACGGCACCGCACAAGUGGGCGAACUCCAGUGUGAGUUGUAUCUACCGAGGAAUACCGACCCGCUCCCGAUAGGCGUGCAGGAGCCCACGUGCGGGUCGUUCCACGACAGUCCGGAAGGUGCCGCCUGCACGGCGCUGCUGACCACCCACGAGCCGGCCAUCCACCAGAUUUGUCCUUUCCCGCUUGCCGUCCCGUUGCAGCAGGCCUAAAGGCUCGACGACAUCAACGUCAGCGCUCUGCAACUCCGCCGGAAUCAUACAUUAAAAAAAAAAAAAAGGCAUAUGA